GCCUCGUCCACAACGCCAGGGGUAUUGGCAGCAAACUCUCCUGAUUAAGCCACCGCCUUGAAGGAGGUGGAGCCAGCCUUUCUGUUCCUAAUCACCUGGCUGGAUAUUUAGGGGAAGUACUGGACACAAUCUGAGACCCACACUGUUGGUGAACAUGGCAGCUGUCCUCUGGCGGAAGCUGCUCAGAAGAAUCUGCGACCGUCGAACAUAUUUAAAACCCAGUGGGUAUGGUGAAGUGAGAAACCCUGAAAAAAAGGUAAAGGGAGUUAAUAACAAGCAAGGUGCAAGGUAUGGCCAGACCACCUUCUGCUUGUCCAAGGAUGCCUCUGGGUUAGUGGACUAUAAAAUUAAUUCUAACCCAGCAGCUUACAGCAGCACCAAAAGGAGGCCAAAGCAGAAUGUUUCCAAUGAGCUGGAUGAUUACAGUGAUGAUUUGUCCCUUUUACCGGAAAAUAUUCCAUCCAACGUGGGAAUUAAACGAGUGUGUAACACCUAUACAGUGACAUGCUCUCGCCGCCUGUCCAGUGUCAGGAACACUCUGCUGGAACUGGCCAACAAUAAAUCUGAUGAGCUGCAGUACACCGCUGGUCAGUGGCCUGCCAACUCAAAGCAGAAGCAGGACAUGGACAUUGUAGAGAUCUACGACACGAAAGAGGACCCUCGUGGCUUUCAGAAACUUAGGGAUGCUUACAAGGAUCUCUGUUUUGACAGCUCAGAGCAGAGUGAGUCACUAUCUGUGGAAGAGGGCCAGAAGAUUCUGCGUGAUGUCUCCUUCCUGAAGAGUAGCCUGACCCCAGAGAAUAUUGUGGAUUUUUUCUGUCGGCUCAGCAGGCUGCCAGGUGAACAGCAAACAGCGGUAAAGGCAGAUUCUCGGUUUGCAAUGCUCUGCCGGUACAGCGUCGACAACCGGGCUGCAUUCGCGUUGCCGGAGCUCCUCCAGCUUUUCGAAGCCGUGGUCCGCCUUCGGGUUUCCUCACCCCACACGCUGCUGAAGAGCUAUGAGUCAGAGUUCUGCCACCGUGUGUGGGACAUGGGGUUCAACCAGCUCCUGUUGGUGGCUGACCUGUGGCGCUGUCUGGGACGUGGAGCACCGCACUACAUGGAGAUCCUGCUCAGCUAUACAGCGCUGCGGUGGAAGGAGCUGACCAUGCCACAGCUUGUCCAACUCCUGUACGUGAUCGGGGAGAACCGCCGGGCCCCUCAUGAGCUGAUGCAGAAGCUGGAGACGCUACUCUCCGCACACUUGGAGCAGAUGAACCUGGAGGAAGUAGGAGCCGUCUGCCUUGGUUUCUUCAAGUCCAAGAAUGGGCUUUCUGAGCAGCUGAUGAAACAGAUUGGUGACAAGGUGGCCACAAGGAUGGGCGACAUUAGCAAUUACAGCUUGGUAAACGUGAUGAAAAUGUUCCGUUACACCCAUGUGGAUCACUUGCCUUUCCUACAGCGGCUAGGAGAAGUGGUGCCACAAAGGAUUCCCAGCAUCGGCACACAAGGAGUCAUGCACAUCGUGCUGGCGUGUGCGUCCCUACACUUCCGGGAAGAGCGCCUCCUGGAGGCCGCCGCCUCCAAGCUCCCCUCCAAAGUGCACUACUGCAGGAGCAAAGACAUCGCCAAGUACCUGUGGACUUUCUCCAGUUUGAACUACGAGCCGGAGAACGCUGAGGUCUUCUUCUCCAGCCUGACCGAGCAGAUGCACCGCAAAAUGCACGAGUUCCAGCGCUUCCCGGAGCACUUCCUCACCAGCCUGCUGGGCCUGGCUUUUACCGGGAGGUUCUCCCACCAUCUCAUCGACUUUGCUCUGAGCCCACCGUUUGUCCAGCUAGCGACCAUAGAGAGUCCCUUCGAAUUGAAGAAAGAUCUCUUCACGCUGGAUGGGACAGUGGCUAUCGAGUGCCACGAUUACAGUGGGCACCGCCUCCCCCUUCACUUGCAGCAGGAGGUGUCACAAAUGCUGUGGGAUUUCGCCAAGCAGGACAUCUGCGUGAAGCCAGAGGUACUGGAAGCCGCUGGGCUGCUGCAGGUCAUGCUGGGCGGCCCGCAGUUUGUCAAGAACCAUCUGAUACUGCCUCACACCAGGUCGGCUGAUCUCGAGGUGCACUUUGACGCCUCCGGCCAGCCGCUGCCACUUAACCUGGAAGCACUGAGCGAAAAGGCACAGAAACUCGAGUUCAAAUUCAGCGGCGUUCCUGUCACAGGCAAAUUAAUUUCCCAACUUGCAAAAUGCAGAGCUGGCAGCUCAACAUUAAAAGGUCAGCCUGACCAUGUGGCUGAGAGAAAAGCUGUAAGGACCACACAAAAUGUGCUCAGAACAGGGGUUGAAGGUGGUGUUCAUUCAGGGUUGAAUCUAAAGCUGUUUCAAAGUGGAGUGCCCCUAACAGAUGGUCUUUUAAACUCAUUAACUAAUACAAAAAUUCCGAUAGAGAAAGCUGCCAGCCAGCCUCAGGGCACAUCAGAGAUUAGAAAACUCGCUAUUCAGGUAUCCAACCGCAAUCAGUACUGCUACGGUACCCACAUUCUCCUGGGGUUACACAGUAUGAAGAGGAGACAGCUAGUUAAAGCUGGCUAUGUGGUGGUAGAACUGCCCCACUGGGAAUGGUUCCCAUUACUCAAACGAACUCGAUCCGAGAAACUGUCCUACUUGCACCAGAAACUCUACAGUUCACUGGAUUGAAUUAGAGGGGGUGCCUUCCAGAGAGAGGACUUGUCUUUUUUAAAGCUAUAUUUAAUUGCUGAAUUUAAUACAAUAAAAACAGUCUACAGUACUGGUUUUCCAUCAAACUCAAACUGAUUUGUGAUGAAAUAUUUGCUAUUUGGGAGCUGAUGCCAGAAGCUGUAUUUGAAUUGCACAAUUGAAUUUAGUCAGUCUGCUAAUUGAGUUAUAGAUGUAAAUAAUUAGCUGUUUGGUUCCAAUAAAAAA